AUGUCUGGACAAUUGAACGAAAAUUAUCACUCUGGGAAUUCCCAGACACUAAAUGAUAUUUCCGUGCCAGGGGAACAAUAUCGCGAUGAGAUGCUACCAAAUAAGGAUAUCCUGUUGUCAAAGGAAAUCUUGAAUUGGGAAGGAUCUGAGAGCGUAAGUGUAUGCGCUAAGGAUAGCUCCGAUCACAAGGACAUGAAUGGAGAGGAAGAGAAGGGGCUGGAAUUGGUUCAACUUCUGCUAGAGUCUGCACAAAUGAUAGGAGAGGGGAAAUAUGAUCACGCUGUUGGACUGGUGAGUAAAUGCCAAAAUUCGUCUUGUCAGCUGGGGAAUCCCACACAGAGGCUCAGCAAUUAUAUGUGCAGUGCAUUACAAGAUAGAAUAAAACGACAGACUCAAGGCAUGCUAAAUAACGGUGCUAAAACAGUCCCUGAUUUUGCCUUCAAUAUUGACGGUGAAUUUGACAAAACUGAGUUUUGUAGUCUCCUUGCUUACUCUAAUAGAGUUCUGCCCUAUAUCAAUGUGAUGCAGUUCACGUCUGUGCAGGCAAUCAUAGACGUCGUGGGCAACGCCAGGAGAAUUCAUGUAAUUGAUCUAGGAAUGCGAAUUGGUUCGCACUGGACAGUAUUGAUGGAGUAUCUUUCACACAGAUCUGUUUCCUCUUCUAUUCAUAGGCUACAGCUUCUCAAGAUUACAGCAGUUGGGAUGAAUGGUGAAGAGCUUAGGAAAAGCGGAAAAAGGCUUCAGCAGCUGGCUAAAUCUUUGGCUAUUCCGUUUUCGUACAAUAUUAUGGAGAUCCCUAACAUAGAGGAGAUUAAGGAAGGUUUAUUCAGCGUUAAAUCUGGUGAGGCGUUGGCAGUUUACGCUCCAGUUGUUCUGAGAAGUUUGUUAUACGACCCGGUCCUUCUGGAUAAUCUCUUAAGUUACAUAAGGAGACUGAGGCCAAUGAUAAUGGUGAAUGUUGAAAUAGAAGCCCAGCAUAAUUCUCCAUCUUUUGUGAAUAGAUUCAGAGAGGUGCUUUUCCAUUGCAUGACGUAUUUUGAUCUGUUGGAUGUUACCUUAAAAGACAGAAAUGACAUGAAGAGGGUAAAGCAUGAAGAAUUAAUUACUGGAAGUCAGAUAAGGAAUAUGAUAGUCUAUGAGGGGAAAGAGAGGACUGUUAGGCAUGUUAGAAAUGAUGUGUGGAGGUGUUUCUAUAAACAAGCAGGGUUCAGGGAAAAGAGCUUCAGCUUCCAAGCUAUGUAUCAGGCUAGAUUGUUACUAGGAGAACAUGCUUCCGGAGAAUAUUAUACUCUGGAAUCCAAUGGAAAUGCCAUAGUUGUAAAGUGGAAAGGAUCACCACUAAUUGCACUCUCUGCAUGGGGUGGUGCCAACUGA